UCUCUAGGAGGAUGCAGAACCCUUGACCUCUGUCUGGGCAGUGCUGAUUGGCCCUGUGCUGAUCACAUGCACUCCCCCUCCCAGAAAAAACUCUCUAGCAUUACACACCAAAUAGAGCAUGUGCAGGGUGUCUUCACAUGAUAUGUCUUAUCAGGAGAUAAGAGGGGAACACUGGAAGAAGAUCAAACCGCUUUUUUACACAAUGCAGAGGAUUAACCCCUUAGGUUCCACGUGAAUAUAACAAGCAUGCUUUACUGCAUAUACAGACUGAUUUUCCUGUUGUGGGUUUAG